GCCAUGCUGCAGGCUCCCCGGCUCUGGGUUGAGGGAGCCGCUGGUGUUCCAUGUCCUGCGCUGUGACCGGCUGCCGGGAGCUGCGAGGAGAGCGGGGCGAGCUCGGAAUCGGCCAUGGAUACAAUGACCUAUGAGGAUGUGCCAGUGAACUUCACUCCUGAAGAGUGGGCUUUGCUGAAUCCUUCCCAGAAGAGUCUCUAUGAAGAUGUGAUGCUGGAAACCUGCAAGAACCUCACUGCUAUAGGCUACAAAUGGGAAGACCAGAAUAUCGAAGAACAUCAUCAAAGUUCUAGAAGACAUGAAAGGUAUCUCAUCUGUUCCUCUGGCUACAAACCAUUUGAACAUAAGGUAUAUGGAAAGAAGCAAUGUGCCUCUCUCUCUCCUACAACAGUUAGAAGAUAUGUCGGAGUGCCCACUAUGAGUAGACUUGGUGAAUGUGAUACAAGUUUACAAUUAAUUGGUUUUCCAACUACACUGGGAAUACAUCAACAAACUCACACUGGAAAAAAGCCUUAUGAUUACAAGGAAUGUGGGAAUUCUUCUGUCUGUACUGGUUCACUUUGCAAAUGUAGUGUGACUCACAGUAUAGAAAAAUGUUAUGCAUGCAAUCAGUAUGGUAAAACUCUGAAUUCUUCCAGUUCUCUUCAGAAAUGUGAAAAAACUCAUAUAGGAAGAGGAAGUGAUAAAUGUGAAUCAUCUACUAAUGGCUUUAACCAUCACAGGUAUCUUCAAACACACAAAAGAACCCAUAAUGAAGAGGAUCUCUAUGAAUAUAAUCAACAUGAUAAAGACUUUAGAUCUGAUUCCUUUUUACAAUUACACCAAAGAACUCAUGUGGAAGUAGAAUCCUAUAUAUAUAAUCAAUUGCAAAAGUCUUUGCAUUUCACUAGUCUCCAGUAUUUUGAAAGUAUUCAUACUGGCGACAAACCCUAUGUAUGUAAUCAAUGUGGUAAAGCCUUUUCAAGUCACCAUUAUCUUAAAAUACAUGAAAGAAUUCAUACUGGAGAGAAACCCUGUAUAUGUAAUCAGUGUGGUAAAGCUUUUAUACAUUUAACUAGUCUUCGAAAUCAUGAAAAAACUCAUACUGGGGAGAAACCCUGUGAAUGCAGUCAAUGUGGUAAGGCCUUUGUAUAUCGCAGUAAUCUUAAGACAUAUGAAAGAAGUCAUACUGGAGACAAACCCUAUGUUUGUAAUCAAUGUGGUAAAGCCGUUGUAACUCGCUGUAAACUUCAAAUGCAUGAAAGUACUCAUACGGGAGUGAAACCUUGUGGGUGUAACCAAUGUGAUAAAGCCUUUGCACAAUUCAGUCAUCUUCAAAUAUUAAAAUACCAUACUGGAGAGAAACCCUAUGAAUGCAGUCAAUGUGGUAAAGCCUUUUCAAAUCACAGUAAUCUUAAGACACAUAAAAGAAGUCAUACAAGAGACUCACCCUUUGAAUGUAAUCAGUGUGGUAAAGCCUUUGCACAUUUCAGUCGUCCUCAAAAACAUUACAAAAUCCAUACUGGAGAGAAACCAUAUGAAUGUAAUCAGUGUGGUAAAAUCUUUAGAAGUCACAGUUAUCUUCAAACACAUCAAAGAAUUCAUACUGGAGAGAAGCCCUAUGCAUGUAAUCAGUGUGGUAAAGCCUUUGUAAGUAGCAGAAAUCUUCAAAUACAUGGAAGAAUUCAUACUGGAGAAAAACCCUAUAUAUGUGAUCACUGUGGUAAAGCCUUUGCACAUUCCACUAGUCUUCGAAGUCAUGAAAAAAUUCACACUGGAGAAAAACCCUGUGAAUGUAAUCAAUGUGGUAAAGCCUUUACAUGUGGCAGUAAUCUUCAAGCACAUGAAAGAAGUCAUACUGGAGACAAACCUUAUGAAUGUAAUCAAUGUGGUAAAGCCUUUGUAAGUCGUUGUAAUCUUAAAAUACAUGAAAGUACUCAUACAAGAGUAAAACCGUAUGAAUGUAAUCAAUGUGAUAAAGUCUUUGCACAUGUUAUUUAUCUUCAAAGGCAUGAAAGAAUUCAUACUGGAGAUAAACCAUUUGAAUGUAAUCAGUGUGGGAAAGGCUUUACACAAUUCUGUCGUCUUCAAAAACAUUUCAAAAACCAUGCUGGAGAGAAACCCUAUCGAUGCAGUCAAUGUGGUAAAGCCUUUGGAAGUAGCAGUAAUCUUCAAACACAUAAAAGAACUAACACUGGAGAGAAGCCAUAUGAAUGUAAUCAAUGUGGUAAAGCCUUUGUAAGUCAUCGUAAUCUUCAAAUACAUGAAAGUACUCAUACAGGAGUAAAACCCUAUGGAUGUAAUCAAUAUGUGCCUUUGCACAUAUCAUUUAUCUUCAAAGGCAUGAAGGAAAUCAUCCUGGAGACAAACUAUGAAUGUAUUCAAUGUCACAGAAGCCUUCAAAAACAUGAAAGGUGUUGUUAUACAGGAGAAAAACCCAAUGAAUAAUUGAUGUAGUAAAACUUUGCAGGUCAGUGUAAUCUUCACACAUCAAAGAAGUAAUAGUAAAGAGAAACCCUACAAAUGUCGAUGUGUAAUGCGUCUUUAUGUUACAGUCUUCUUCAAAGGCAUGACAGGAUUACUCCUGGAGAGAAACACCAUGAAUCUAGUAAAUUCAGUAAAGCUUUGCACACCACACACAGUGUUCUCACUGAGCUGUCUCACUAGUGCUCAAGUAAGAUUAGUAGAAGCAUUGUAUCAGUCAAAUAUUGUCUUUUUUCAAAUUGUAAACAAAUUGUCAACAAAGGAUAGAGGAGCACAGAAUAAUUUGAAUAAUAAAACUUAUUUGAAGUAUCAGCUUCACUUAUUUGCAAAUGAAAAUAGUAUUUAUCCUGCCAUCCAGUUUUUUCAGUUGUGUUAGUUUAUUCUAAGGAGUAAAUGCUUGUUCCUAACACUUUCUCAGAAACACAAAUGAAUGACAGGGAAUUGUCUCAGUGUAUAAAAGUGAUUGCUGCUAAGGCUGAUGACCUGAGUUCAGUCUCUGGGAUACACACAUUACACAAACCAGUUUUUCUCUGAUUACUACACUUAGGCUGUGGCAUAUGCACACCACACACCUGCACACAUGAAUAUCUUUGAAACUAAAGUAAAGAAUUAGUGAGGUCACUUACCUGCUUAAGGCACUUGCUCCCAAACUUGAUUACCUCAGUUUGAUCUUUAGUACUGACAUAGGAGAAGUAGAGAAUACACACCUGUAAGUUGUCCUCUGCCUGUCACAUCCACAACAUGGCACAGGUGUUUACAUACUGGUAAAAAUUUCUAAAGAGAUGAAAUUAACAAAGCAAAGAAUAUAACCAAAAUAUUGAGAACAUAGGAAAUGAUUUUCCAAUUGAAAUUAAUACAUUAUUAUAUUCCAUGAUAUGUCACUCUUCAAUAAAAUAGAUGGUUCAUGAUUAAGUCUUA